CAUUUCUCGGCGCACUCCGUGUGACGUCAGACACCCAGGUGCGCGGAUGCGCCGUGCCGGGGCAGGCGUGCGACGUCAGCGGUGCGCGGCGGGAGCUGUGGUGAUCGGUCGGUGAUGGGGUCCCGGGCGGGCGCGGCGGGUCCGGACCGGCUCCGCUCGGCCCUCGUUCACGUCUUCGGCUUCCAGUCGUUCCGCUCGGAGCGGCAGGAGAGCGCGGCCAGGGCGGUGCUUAGAGGUGAUAAAGAUGUAUUUAUUUGCAUACCAACAGGAGCAGGGAAGUCUCUGUGUUACCAGUUACCAGCUGUGAUCACUGAAGGUGUAACCAUUGUGAUCUCUCCACUGAUAGCACUUAUUCAAGAUCAGAUUGAGCACCUGCACAUCCUGAAGAUCCAAGCACGUUCCCUGAACUCCAAACUCCCUCUCGAGGAGCGGAAGAUGGUUCUGUCUGACCUUCAGUCUAAGAAACCCAGCAUCAAACUACUCUACAUCACACCCGAGAUGGCUGCCUCCAGCACCAUGGGCCCUGUCAUCAACUCCCUGCUGACCCGGAAGCUCCUGGCGUACCUAGUUGUUGAUGAAGCACAUUGUGUAUCGCAGUGGGGGCAUGACUUCCGACCUGAUUACCUCAAAUUGGGCAUUUUACGCAGCAAGGCACCCGAUGUCCCCUGUAUAGCUCUGACUGCCACAGCCCCAAAGCAAGUGCAAGAGGACAUAAUAGCUUCUCUCCAGCUGAAAGAGCCCAUCGCAAUUUUUAAGAGUCCGUGCUUCAGAGCUAAUCUAUUCUACGAUGUUCUCUUCAAAGAGAUUCUGAAUGAACCCUAUGUCAAUCUAAAAGGAUUCUGUGAACAGGCUCUGGGGAAGAAGAAUUCUUCAGGGAAGUUCAGUGGCUGUGGCAUAGUUUACUGUCGGACCAGGGACUCAUGUCAAGAGGUUGCAGAGGAGCUGACGCAGAGGGGAGUGGAUGCGAAAGCUUACCACGCAGGGCUAAAGAACUCGGAACGCACAACAGUGCAGCAGGAGUGGAUGGAGGGCAAGGUGCCAGUGAUCGUGGCAACCAUCAGCUUUGGGAUGGGUGUGGACAAGGCAAAUGUUAGGUUUGUUGCCCAUUGGAAUAUUGCAAAGUCGAUGGCUGCUUAUUACCAAGAAUCUGGUCGAGCAGGAAGAGAUGGGAAGCCUUCAUUCUGUCGAGUCUACUACUCCAGGACUGAUCGAGAUAAUAUCAACUUCCUGAUCAAGAAGGAGAUUGCAGAGAUCCAGAGCAAGAGAGGCUGUGUAAAAAACUCGGACAAAUCCUCUAUGGUGGGCUUUGAGGCUCUAGUCUCCUUCUGCCAGCAGCCAGGGUGUCGGCAUGCGACCAUUGCCAGAUAUUUUGGAGAUGAAAUACCGGUCUGUAAUCGGGCAUGUGAUCACUGUAAAAAUCCGGACAUUGUGAUGAAACAGCUGGAUUCCCUUCAGAGGCUUGACAUCAGCAAGGCCCAAGCAUCUGCUACAAAGCCAUCAGUUGCAGGGCCAUUCGGAUACAUCAGUGACCUGUACGAAGGGGGAAAGAAGGGCUAUGGCUUCGAAAGAUAUGGUAAUGAGGAUGGUGACAGUGAAUCCGAUGGAGAAAGUGAGCGCAGAAAGAAGGAAUGGAAUGUGUUUUUUCAGAAGCAGAUGAAGCUGCGGAAGAAUGGAGAGCCUGUAAAGGAUAUCUUUGUACCACCAGAGCCUGACUGCCCCCUCCGUGAUGCAGCCAAUCAAAAGAUACCUAAGCUCUCUGUCAAGGCACGAGAACAUUGUCUCCACAUGCUGGAGGAGGCACUGACCAAGAAUAAAAAGCAGGAAGUCACAAAAACAGAGUGGGCUGACCCACACUUGUGUGCCAUAGAGAUGGAACAUGAAGCUUUCAAAACUACCAAGAUGGCUAAUUUAUAUAAGGCACUAGUACUCAGAAAGGUUGCAGAAAUUAACAAGUCAACCCAAAAUGGACUGCCGUAUCCAAAGCUGACAGAAAUGGACAAUGUACCAUCAACAGCGGCAACAACAAAUAGUGAUAAAGACAAGGAAGCAUUUAUUUCUGCGUCAGAGCUCUAUUCUUUUAAGCCAAAGCGUGUUGGAGUAGGAGCUAAGAGUUCAUCCAGUCCAUUCCAGACUGCAAGAGAUUUGCUGAAGAACUCUGUGCCAGAGGAGAGUGAGCAAAGGAAUUAUGCUAAUUUGGAGGAUCCAAUCUACCACUCAAACAGAGCACAGAAGAAAAUACCUCAGGAUGGCACAAAGCCUUCUGUAGACAGCGAUGUGAGGACAAGUCAAUCCGCAUCUCCUCGUGCCAGUCCCAUCAAGAAGAAGUCCACCAAAAGGCAAAUGCUUGCAGAAAGCGCCAAGAAGGACUCUCAGAAUAUUACCAAAUUUUUUCAGCGAAACAAAUCUGAAGGAGUAGCAAAGAAUUCAUCUAAGAGUCUCAGUGAUGAUUACAGCUCUCUAGUCAAUGAUGCCCAAGAGGUGAAUAGCAGGAAAGGAUUCUCUUCCAUUCUGACCUUUUCUGAAGAACUAGAAUCAUACUCAGAUCCAGAGACUCAGACUGUAAAUGUAGAAACAGUAGAAAAACGUUUGCAGUCCUGUCAUCAUAUGGAGGAAGAAAACAGGGACAGAAUCGGAAACCUAGGAAAAGCUCCUGACGUUGGAUUAUUGGAGGUUGCCCACUCUGCUGGUGAGAAAAGACCAACACCAGAUGAGGGAUCUGGGUUACUAGCUCCAAAACGACAACGAACCAGCAUCAAUUCCUCCAUUUUAUGCCCUCCUGAUAUUAAGGGCAAUAAGAUCAAGAAGAAGGUGACCUUUGACUCCUUGUUUCAGGAGAGCACCAAAGUGCUUCCAGCUGCAUCGAAAGGACAACUGAAGCAGACAGCAGAUGUUGUUGUCAAGUGCCUGACCCCUUAUUACAAAGAGGGAAGGUUUGCUUCUAAGGAUUUGUUUAAAGCCUUUGCUCGCCAUCUUUCUCAUUUACUGGCUGUUGGGGAGAAUGCUUCAAAGAAAAAUGUGAAAGAAGAGGCUCAACAAAUAAUCCACUGCUUCUUUAAAAGUUGCAGAAAGUGUGAGAGUGAAAACGACUGGAGGGGCCUGAAUGCAUUGUAGCCAUUCUAUUACACUGACAGGAAGCAUCGUUUUCUGUAUAUAUUUAGUUUGACUGUUUAAUAUGGUAUCGGAGCAAUUUAUUCUUCAGCUUAGCCAUAUCAAUCAGGGCUGAUCUCAGUAAUUAGGAAAAAAACAUUUAACUGUUCUAUGCAAACUCUUUGGAAUAUGCACCAGGUCUGAUGAAUGAGAGUGGAUUUAUAUUAUUAUUGUUCUGUUGUAAUUAUUGAGAGAAUUGUAAAGAGAGAUACUUUAAAAUAAAGUUUUUUCCAAAC